GUCUUGGUGUUACAUCUAGAGGUAUUUCGGAUGCCGCCUACUCCUUCUCUCUAUAUACACUUCUCCCAUGUACGCACGCUUGUUCUUUGUUUUACAUUGUUACAUUCGUGAACAUUCUCCGGCACUUUCGUAGUAAACAGACAGCAUCGCUGGAUCGAAAGAACGACGUGGCACACAAUAGCCCACGUUCUGCCCCCCGAUCGCUGUAGCCUGCCAAGGCUAAGAGACCGUCCGAUUCGAUGAGGACCUCGAGAUGCGCCUGGACGGCUCGUUGCAAUGUUGGCUCGCCAGAUGGCGAUCGAGAUGAUCUUGCCGGCCGAAGCCCUUCGUAUGGAAUUUACAACCCAGAAAACGACAAUGGUACCGUCUUCGAUUGGGAUCGUGUUUCGGCAAAUGUCUCGCCAGAUCUUUCCGAUACUGAAAACGUUUGUCACAAUGCGGACAGACGUGAUUUCGGCUUUCAUAGGGCUGAUGCGAUCGAAGGUGAUGCGUCAGGUCGCUCUGCGUACUAAACGCAGCAUCGCACUGGCUGCAACCGAUCUCACCGAGAGCCAUGUCCUCUUUGCUUCGGC